AUGAGUAAAGUGGAAGCUAAGGAAAAGUUCAUUCUGGUGUUCGACCUGCUAGUCGAUGAGUUGAAGGAUACUUUGAAAUCUUACAAGAUGCCUCAGGAAGCGCUCGAUUGGUUCGUGAAGAAUUUAAACUAUAACACUCCUGGGGGCAAAUUGAACAGAGGAUUAUCCGUCAUAGACACAUAUUGUAUCUUAACUGGGAAAUCUGCAAACGAUUUAUCUGAGGUGCAAUAUAAGAAGGUAGCACUUUUGGGUUGGUGUAUUGAAUUGUUACAAGCUUAUUUUUUGGUCGCAGAUGAUAUUAUGGACCAGUCCAAAACAAGAAGGGGGCACGCAUGUUGGUACUUAGUUGAUGGUGUUGGAAACAUUGCAAUUAAUGAUUCUUUCAUGUUGGAAGGAGCGAUCUACGUGUUGUUGAAGAAACAUUUCAGGAACGAUUCAUAUUACGUUGAUAUAUUAGAUUUGUUUCAUGAAGUUACUUUCCAAACUGAAUUAGGUCAAUUAUUGGAUCUAGUAACUGCCGAUGAGGAGCACGUUGAUUUAGAUAAGUUUUCAUUGGAGAAGCAUUCAUUCAUAGUUAGAUUUAAAACAGCGUAUUACUCUUUCUACUUGCCAGUUGCAUUGGCUAUGUAUAUGAGUGGAAUUAGUGAUGAGAAAGAUUUGAAGCAAGUUCAAGAUAUUUUGAUUCCGUUGGGAGAGUAUUUCCAAGUCCAGGAUGAUUACUUAGACUGUUAUGGCACACCUGAACAAAUCGGAAAAAUUGGAACUGAUAUUAAAGACAACAAGUGUUCAUGGCUUGUCAAUCAAGCACUCAUAAAAGCCAAUAAAGAGCAGCGUAAGUUAUUAGAAGAAAAUUACGGUAAAAAGGAUGACGAGUCAGAACAAAGAGUUAAGGAUUUAUUCAACGAUUUGAAACUUGACGAAGUAUAUCAUAAAUACGAGGAGAUGGUAGUUAGUGGCUUAAAAGAGCAGAUCAGCAAGAUAGACGAAUCAAGAGGCUUGAAAAAGGAGGUCAUAACGACUUUCUUGGAGAAGGUUUAUAAAAGGUCUAAAUAA